CAGUGUUGGGCCUGUCACUACAGGAAAGACACUGAGGAGCAGUUGAGGGAACUGGGAUUGUUGCUUCUGGGGAAGAGGCUCAGCAGAGACCUCGCUGCUCUCCAACUGCCUGAAGGGAGAAUGUGGUGAGAUGGGAAUUGACCCCUUCUCCCCAAUAACUAGCAGUAGGACUAGAGGGAAAGGCCUCGAGUUGUGCUGAGGAGAUUCAGGUUGGACGUUAGGAAACAGUUCUGAAAAAGUGGUCAGACACUGGGAAGGGCUGCCCAGGAGGUGGUAGAGUCACCAUCCCUGGAGGUGUUGUAGAAACAUCUAGAUGUGGUACUACGGGACAUGGCUUAGUGGGGAAAUAUUGGUGGUGGGUGGACAGUUGGACCGGAUGAGCUUGGAGGUCUUUUCCAACCUGUGUGGUUCUAUGAUUGCUGAAGAUAUUACUAGAAUGCAUGUCUAAGUGUCUCAUCUAGCCUCUCUCAGGAUAAUAAAACAUCCUGCUGAGGGCAGGGGAGAUAACCAUGUUUCUUUAGGAAAUUGCCCUUCUGAAUGUUUGUGGUGCCGCAGUCGUUCCAAGAGCUAAGGCUGAACUGCAGCACUGACAACUGGCUGAGCCACGCUGACUUUCAAACCAGCUCAUCAAUGACGUGGGAAUGUUGUUGUGAUGAUCCUCAGUGCGUUCAAGGAACUGAUUGCAGCGUCCAUGUGUGGCAUGCUGGUCAGAGGGCUCAGUUUCCUGACAGUGAUGCUGGGAUAUAAACUCAGAGGCUGUAAAAGGAAAUUGUACUGUCUGUUCUAUGUUUGCCAAAGUGGGUGUUCUUGUGACUGCUCAGUAGCACAGUGUUCUCUGGGGUUCCUGGAUACAGCUAAGUAAUGUCUGAAGAGAUUUCUUCCCCCAGACACCUUUCCUGCUCAUUUUGGAGGGAAGGGUCUUGUCCUUUAUUGUGACAGCUUUCCAGUGUUUUUAUGAUGGUCCUUUCAGAACCUGGUUUCAGUCAUACUCAAAGUGUUACCUUUUAUUACUGUUCGUAGCAAUGCUUUGAGGUUACAAAGAGGUGGGAAUGUGACCUUGCAGUUCUGACCUUGGAUUAAAGAAACAUCCUCUGGAGAUGGGCCUUUAGCCAAAAUAGUCUGGCUAAGAAACGAGAAAACAGGCUUGUGUAUCAGUGGCAUUAAUGUGAUAUGUGAUGUUUUGGGAGGAGGAGAGGGAACAGGCAUUUUGGUGUUUGCCUUUCUCAGCUCGUGCUGUUGCUGCGUUGAAAUUUGAGAGCUGCUAAGAAUAACCCUGUAUUUCCAUGUAGCCAGGUUUGGUGCCCAUCUGACAGGACGGGCUCACAUUGGGGUGCUUGUGCUGUAUCAUUUCCUGUAGCAAUAAAGCAACAGCCAUUACUGUAGCCUCUGGAAAAAGCUCCUUUGCUGCUGUGUCCUGGAGGAGUUUGAAGACUUCUGCAGUUCCAGUAACGGUUCCUCAUUCCAGCCUAUUAAAUCCCAAGUGACCAUCCCAACAGCCCAUGUUAUGCCAUCCACAUUGGGUUCCUCACCCUCCAAGCUGUGCUCGGCAGGAGAGCAGAGCUGUUUGCAGAGCUCUUCCAAAACUGCUGUGCCAGGAUCUGCUGCGGAACAUGCGGGACUCAUGAGAAACGGAGACUUAAAUGCUGGGAAGUCCUGUCAGCUGCCACGCAGGGAUCUCUUGCGUCUCUAUGGGACUUCAGGUGAAAAUGGAUAUGAGCAAUCUUGGCGUCCUGUUUUUGAUCACGUGAGAAUAGAAGAUACUUGGAAGUUUGACACCCCUGCUAUUGAAUGCACCCUUAACCAGUCUCUCUUUCUAGAUAGUUUGUGUGCUGACCCUCUCCAAAGGUUCCAGAAAUUCAGUCUGAACUCUGGGGCAGCUGAGGCAGGAGGAGACCAUUAUAAGGUGCUGCCAGAGAUCAAGCAAGCUGCAGGGGCUAAUGGAGCCUGUGAAUCCCAGGACGGAACGUGGCCAAGUGGCAGCAGGCUGAUGCCAGGAGGACUCCAGACCAACAGUUUCUUUCCAAAACCUUUAACACCCCCAUCUCGAGCAUGGAUGCAGGAGACCUGCGCGCUGCACCCUCAUGAGAGGGUCUGUGAGCUGAGUGCUUGGAAACAACAGCUGGAUAAUGUGCGAUUGCAAAUUGAGCAAAUGCAGUUACAAAAUGGAGGUUCCUGCCACCAUCCCUCCAUGUAUUCUCCUUCACUACCCGAUCCAGCCCAGUGGAUCAGUAUCCUGAACUCCCAUGAAAACCUGCUCAAGGAGAAAGAGCUCCUCAUUGACAGGCAAAGGCAACACAUAUCCCAGUUAGAGCAGAAGGUCCGGGAAAGUGAACUGCAGGUUCACAAUGCCCUGCUCGGCUGUCCGGCACCCUGUGGAGAUGUCUACAUGCUGAGAAUGCAGGAGCUGCAACGAGAGAACACAUUUCUCCGAGCACAAUUCACAGAGAAGACCGAAUCUCUCAGUAAGGAGAAGACUGAAUUGGAAAGAAAACUGGCUGCUGCAGAGGUGGAUGCAAAGCUUAUCCAGGAGACGCUGAAGGAAAAUAUGCAGAAAUACGCAGAGGAUUUAAAGAAGCAGGAAGAAAGGGUAAAGGGAAGAGACAAGCACAUUAAUAAUCUUAAGAAGAAAUGCCAGAAGGAAUCUGAACAGAACAAAGAGAAACAGCAGAGAAUUGAGACACUGGAACGAUACCUGGCUGAUCUUCCAACUCUUGAGGACCACCAGAAGCAGAGUCAGAAGCUAAAGGAGUCUGAACUGAAGAGUAAUGCUCUGCAAGAAACAGUGCUGGCACUGGAAACGGAGCUUGGAGAUGUGCGGGCUGCGUUCAGAGAGCAAGAAGUGCAGCUAGGAACCCAAAAACAUAAAGAACAGGAACUUCUUUCUACUGUGCACAGCUUGCAGGACAAGGUGCAGCAGUGUGUAAAGAAUGCAGAGACAGGGGCUCCUGUACAGGAUGGGGAGAAACAGAAAAUAGAAAAUGACUCUCUGAAGAAAGAAUGUGAUUGCCUCAGGAAGAUUGUGGAAAAACAGCAGAAGAAGGUGGAGCAGUUGUCUUUGCAAGUGAAGAACCUGGAAGAACGGGUGGCCCAGGAAGAAGGAACAAGCCAAGCUCUGAAAGAGGAGGCAGUGAGAAGGGAAAAUGCGCUGCAGCAACUCCGGACUGCAGUGAAAGAGCUUUCAGUGCAGAACCAAGAUCUCAUUGAGAAGAACCUGACCCUUCAGGAACGGCUCCGACAGGCAGAGCUGACAGCUCAGCCCCUGCCUGCUGAGACUGCCGGCCUUGCCCAGGAGCUGCACUGUGAGCUGGCCAGCUGCCUGCAGGAUUUGCAGUCUGUCUACAGCAUUGUCACUCAGAGGGCUCAGGGCAAGGAUCCUAAUCUCUCCCUGCUUCUGGGCAUUCGCUCUGUGCAGUACUCAGCAAAGGAGCAGGAUGACUUGCUGAGCACCGACAUGCUUGCAAAAAAGCUGGUGGAGGUAAAACAGCUUCACAAAGAGGUGGAGGAUUUAAGGACAGCAAUAUCUGACAGAUACGCCCAGGAUAUGGGAGACAACUGCAUCACUCAGUGAGGAGCUCUCCCCCCAAAGUAAGACAGUGAAUGAAGACUUGAAACUCUCAGGAGACUAGAACUCCUACAACUGAAAACCUGUUCAGCACUUUACCAUCCCAAUGCUUGGGUACAAAUGUGUGGCUUAUGCAGGAGAAACUGGGGGUUGUUGCCAGAAGUGUUUAUCUGCUGACUGGAGUCAUUCAGGGCUUCAAUGUUGGGCUUUGCAGUAGCUUUGAUCUUAUGGGAUGUGUUUUUUGUUGUCUUUGCUGUGGCUGGGAGCUGAAUUCUGAAUAGCCUCCCAGGCACGUCAGACACUGAACGUGCAAAUUAGAGCCAACACUAAAAGCAAAGACAUGCCCUGGUCUUUCUGGUAAAUUCUCUGUGCAACUUGUAAGAGUGGAGCUCCUAGCAGAGUGCUCAGGGGAUCUCAGGUUUUUGUAGGCUGGCAGCUGUGCUGAUGAUGCUACCACUAAUUACAUCAUGGUGCUACAGGCUUAGCAGAUGCUGUGUGUGCAGUUCUGGGUUGGAUGUUUGUGUAGCCAUUCAUGCACCAGGUCCUGCUUUGCUCAUGUGAAUGCAACUGGAGUCUUUUGGUGGCAAACAGGAGUUGGAGGAUAAAGCGACACUAACAGAAAACUCAAAGCACUCCCUGGGUCCUGUUAUCCUAGAGGCCUUAAAGCUUUAUCCCCCUGAAGCAGCACACUGAGCACAUGGAGGAAAUGGAUUGAUGCUGAAGUGCCUUAAUGUGCUACAGAAGCUUCCUGUCCACAUGCUGCUUUGUGCCUGCAGCUGCUGGCAGGGUGAGGAAUUAGUAUUUAUUGUAGCAGCCUUUUGAGCCAUUGCAAACAGUCCUGCAGAGCUCUGAAUGUACAUAACCCCUGCCUGCGCCGCAGGGACCCUCCGCAUGGGGGGGGCUGUGCUGCAGGCCUGUUAGGAGCCUCCUGUGUGACUCUGCUGGUUGGGCAGAAAGCUGUUCUGCUCCUAAAAUGGCAGCAGGAUUGUGCAGCUGGAUCUGAGAGCUUCUUGAUGCCAGCAAGGCUGCAACCACUCAGGUUUUGUUCUAGUCCUGCCUCUGAUUCUCUGGUUGCUCCCCGCUCCUGUGCCAAAUAAUUGGGAUCUCGGUUAGUUUGGGAUACGGUUUGUUUUGUCUCAAUUCCUUAAUCUUAGUGGCAUCUUUACAGUCCUGAGUGUUGGCUGCAGACGGUGCCAUGGUGCCAAGGGUGAGACCUGUGCUGGUCGCCAUCUCUUGUCUCAUGAAGUCAGUGGUAAAACAGGGAACGUGCUGCUGAAACUUGUGCCCCUUCAGUUGCUUUUGGUUCACACUGGGACCCCGAGCCCUAAUUUUGAGAGAAACACUGUUGUUACUUUUCCAUGUUAAGAUUUAAGACCAAAUGCGUUUUGUUCUUGGAGUUUGGCCACCACAGGAGCUGGUGGCAACACGUUGGUUAUUACUGUGUGGUUACUGUGUUAGUGUGUGUUAGUGUGCCAUGCCAGCCUGGCACAGUGCAGAGCUCCAGCAUCUGCUGUGUGAGGUUCCUGGCUGUGCCCUCGUUGCUGGUGCCACGUCCUGAGCUCACGGUGCUGAUUGAGGUCCUGGUGCCAUGCAGGGUGUUCCCACCCCAGCGGGGUGCGGAACCGUCACCUCUGCUCCGUGCAGCUCCGUUCGGACGGUGGCGUUCAGCCUCGAGCUGUGUUUUCCUUCCUCGAGUCGAGCACGGGCUGUGUUUAUAUCUGCGUUUGUCUGACCCGUUUGUUUGUACUGAACACUUUGAUUAUAAAAUAAAGCUGCUCUGAUCCACUCGU